UUAAGAGCGUAACGCACCAGGUACAGUUAGAAGUACCGUAUGUGUGUGUGUCUGCGUGUGCGUGCGUGUGUGUUUCGUCGAUUAUUCCCAGAGCUUUCGCAGCUGUUAUAGCAGCACCAGAGCACAGAUCAUUGUUUUGUGCAGAGAUCAGUGUGUGUGUGUGUGUGUUUUUUUUUUUCUUCUUCUUUUUUUUCUGAUUGGUUGUCCCCCCCGUAACGCGGGUGCACUGGCUGGUGUAGCGGAGGUGCCCGUUAGCCGUGCACAGGUAGACUGGGAAGGCGGCGCUCACUCGUCCCAGUGCACCGGCCAAACGCUGACAGGAGGACAUCUGGGAGCAUGCAGGUUGGUUGGAUGGUGUGAGCUUUAGCGAGAACAUCACGAUCUCUUGGCUGGCUAACACCUCCUCCAUCUACCCCUACAAACACGCCCUCCCACCUCUUUUUUUAAAUGUAUGUAUUUCGAAAUGGAUGGCCGCUCAGCUAACUGAACUACAGAGAUUAUAUUGUUUUUCCUUGGAAAACUACUUUUUGAUUGUUGUUGAAACGCAAGUGAAGCGGCGUCCUGGGCUUAUUUGGGAAGAAGAUCUGCAAGCUAUUUUUUUCUCCCCUCGUCCAAUGUUUUCCUCUUCACCUUCCCCAAAUCUCCUUCGCUGAGAAUACCAGCUGAAGAACAUGCCGACUCACAGGAUAUCUGGAUAUGUUUGGGCGAUCUGCAUUUGGGCAGCGUUCUGCAUAAGAGAGAGUCACCAGGGUGAAUACCAAAGGAAAUUAUACAAAGAACUGAUGAAGAACUACAAUCGCCUGGAGCGUCCAGUAAUGAACGACUCACAGCCGCUGCAGGUGGAACUGGGGAUGACUUUGCUGCAAAUCAUUGAUGUGGACGAAAAGAACCAAGUACUGAUGACAAACGCAUGGCUACAGCUGCACUGGACAGACAUCUACCUAACAUGGAAUCAUACAGAAUACCCUGGGGUUCAAAACUUGCGUUUCCCAUCUGAUCAGAUCUGGGUUCCAGACAUACUUCUUUACAACAGUGCCGAUGAACGGUUUGAUGCCACUUUCCACACCAAUGUCCUUGUGAACUCUUCAGGCACAUGUCAAUACAUCCCUCCAGGUAUUUUGAAGAGUACCUGCUACAUUGAUGUCCGUUGGUUUCCAUUUGAUAUUCAAAAGUGUGACUUAAAAUUUGGUUCUUGGACACACAAUGGAUGGCUUCUGGAUCUGCAAAUGCUGGAAGUUGAUAUUUCAACGUAUAUACCAAACGGAGAGUGGGACUUAGUAGGGGUCCCAGGAAAACGAAAUGAGCUCUAUUACGAAUGCUGCAAGGAACCCUACCCUGAUGUGACUUUCACGGUGACAAUUCGCAGGCGAACGCUGUACUACGGCCUCAAUCUGCUCAUUCCUUGUGUCCUCAUAUCAGGCCUGGCAUUGUUAGUUUUUCUGUUACCUGCUGACUCUGGAGAAAAAAUUUCAUUAGGGAUCACUGUAUUGCUGUCCUUAACGGUCUUUAUGCUUCUAGUGGCUGAGAUUAUGCCAGCUACAUCCGACUCUGUCCCACUUAUAGCUCAGUACUUUGCAAGCACCAUGGUAAUUGUGGGCCUGUCUGUCGUGGUUACGGUACUCGUGCUUCAGUUUCAUCACCAUGACCCUCACGCGGGAAAAAUGCCAAGACUGGUGAGGGUGAUCCUCUUGAAUUGGUGUGCUUGGUUUCUGAGGAUGAAAAAGCCGGGAGAAGACAGAAAGCACUUUGCCUACAAAUAUAACCAGCAUCCCCACCACUCCAGUGCCAGUAGCAUUGAAAUGAAUGCCAUUCAUGGACAGCAGUCGAGCAAUGGAAACAUGAAUAUCUACUUUGGGUACCACACCAUGGAAAAUCCUUGCUGCCCACCUCCCAGUAGUGAUUCCGGUGUGAUGUGUGGCCGGACCACGAGCUCACCUACAGAGGACCACGAAACCAUUCACACUCGAACACUCUCGGAGAGUAUUCCCGAAAUCGCUAAAAUCCUGGAAGAAGUUCAGUACAUUGCCAGACGAUUCAGAGAUCAGGAUGAAGGAGAAGCGAUCUGCAGCGAAUGGAAGUUUGCGGCAGCUGUGGUCGACAGAUUGUGUCUCGUGGCUUUUUCCCUUUUCUCGAUCAUCUGCACCUUCACAAUAUUGAUGUCAGCCCCAAAUUUUAUAGAAGCAGUUUCCAAGGACUUUACAUAAUGCAAUAAAUAAUAGGAGCUCUGCGGAAAACAAAAAAAAAAACAGAUUAAUUUGUUAAUGUACACUUUCAUUAUUUAAAUAAUAGGGCAUAAAUCCAUAAAAAGCAGAUUCAUCUGAUAAGAGGUGCAGUAUAGAGAGGAUUAUCUUUGUAUAGAUUAACAUUGUUCCUGUUUUCCGAGUCUGGACAUUCAUGUUUCAGUACGAAGAUGAAUACAGAAUGGAUCACCCAAUUGGUGGUUCAGAAACAUCAAGGUGAUAAUAAGCAAUUCACAUUGUGCAGGUGCAAAUGAAUCCAUCCUACUGAUUCCAAGUCACCAGGAGCCAAAUAGAGUAAAAAAAACAUGUGAUCACAGUUGGACAAUCACAAAUCAAAUAUCUAUAUUCCUAAUCUACUUUUUGCUUUUAUGGGGUUUGGGGACCCUGUGCCUAUCCUGGCAGUAUUGAGCACAUGCCAGGAAUCAGUACUGGGUGGGAUGCCUAACACACACCUCUACAUUUAACAGUACCAGUGAAAAGUUUUAAAACACCUCAGUGUUUCCAGAUUUUACGGAAAUGUAUGCAGUUUAAUGUCUUAAUCAAACCAAGAACGAGAACAAAUAAACAAUGGCAAAUAAAAAAACAAAAAUAAGUCAAGGAAUCAUUCAGCGUACAAACUUUUGUACAAAUUUUUUGUUUAAUCAAAGUAGCCCCCUUUAGCUGAUAUAACAGCUGUGCCCUGCAGAGGGCACUCCUGCCACCCAAACCCGACACAUAAACAACGUAGAACACAAGUUCGGCACACGUUUUUAUUUUUUUUUCUUUUCCCUCAUGGGAAACGCCUUCCUUCAUUUCCCACCUGUACAGCACAGUUAAACA